AUGGACGAGAUUGAAAGAACACACGAGACAAAACUCAAUGGUUUACGUGAAAAAAAACAAAGACGUGCUCCACAACGACAGAUUCUUGGCCCGGUAACAAAUCUUCCGCAGAAGAUGGGCGAUCCGGUGACAAAUCUUUCAAAAUACAACUUAACCGAUAGCGAGCAUGAUGCUCUAGUUAAUGGAUUACAUCAUGUAUAUCCACCUGAAAAACUCGAUCAACCACAGUUCAUAUGCAAUAUGGAAUAUUUUUAUGCACGUCUUUUAAAUGUACGAACUGCAUAUCAGCAUUACGAACAGAAACCAUCCACUGAAGCUGUUCGUCAUCAAUUAACAUCAGUACAAUUGAGUGCUGCAUCUGAAUUACGUGAGACAGCGAAUUCUUUUCGAAAAGUUGCUCAAUCUGAACUGAAGAAAAUUGGUGCCGAACAUCAUUUUAUUAGUGAUCAAGAACACAAGUUGGCAUCCCCCAGUGGAUCAAGACCAGCUCGAAUAUACGGUGUACCUAAAUUACAUAAAAAACAAGAGAACUAUCCUCUUCGACCUGUAAUGUCAGCUACAAAAACAGUAGCUUAUGGACUCGGUAAAAUGUUGGCUAAUCGAUUGAAUACACUCCGUACAAGCCCGUAUAUGAUCAAAGAUAGAUUUGAUUUUGUUCGAAAAAUCAGAAAAUUAGAACAUGGAGAUAAAAAAAUGAUCUCUUUUGAUGUUACGAGCCUGUUUACUAAAGUUCCACUGGCCUACACUAUUGACUUGAUACUCGAUAAAAUGUACCCUACGUGUUCUUCCAUAUGUAAAUAUAAACAAAGAAGUCGUCUUGGUGAGAAGUGCAGGAAUAGAUCGGAUUUUCGACAUCUUCUUCGCUUAGCAACAUCAAAAACUCACUUUAUUUUCGAUAAAAAAAUCUACGUUCAACAUAACGGCGUUGCAAUGGGUGAUCUUCUGGCUCUGAUAAUUGCCGACAUUUUUAUGUCGCAUCUCGAGGACAGUUUGAUGGAUCACUUGAAGCAAAUUGGUGUCUGUGAUUGGUAUCGAUACGUCGAUAAUACAUUUGUACUUGUUGAAGCUACAACAAAAGUAGAUAAUGUGAUAAAAAUUUUUAAUAAUUUUCAUCCAUCUAUCACUUUUAUUCAUCAACUAGAAACAAAUGGCUCUCUUCCUUUUCUCGAUGUAUGGGUUACUCGGACACCUGAAACCAAGAAAUUUCAAACAGCUGUCUAUCGAAAAAAAACAUUUACUGGUCUAAUGAUAAAAUGGAAUUCCUUUGUACCUGGAAGUUACAAAAAGGGUAGUGUUGUAACCUAA